AUGUCGCGGUCGCUGGCCGAUGCUGCCGCUACGGCACUAGACAGCAACCCUCUCGGUGACGAGGAGUCACGCAAGGUCGAGAAGCCGGUCGCGAACAGCGCCCGCUGCAUCGAGCUCGCCAGAUCGCUCUUCGGCAUCGAGCCACUGACCGGUUCGGUCCGCGACCUUGAUUCGUACGACGACCGCAACUUCUACUGCAAGGCGACGUCGUCGCGCCCGGAGCUGAAAGCCGCGGCCGACUGCCACGCGUGCGGCGACCCGCCGGGCAGCUUCCACUUUGUCGUCAAGGUGCACAACGGGGUUGAGUCGCUCUCCCCCGGCUUCAUCGAGUGCCAGAACCUGGCGAUGGAGCUCGUGCGCGCCGCCGGCGUCUGGUGCCCGCGCGCCCUCCCGUCACUCGAGGGCCGGCAGAUCGCGUUUGCCGAGCAGCCUCUCGCCGACGGCUCA